AUUUCUCUUUCCUUUCAUCCCUUCUCUUUUGCACAAAUCUUCGUUGAAACAUUACAUGGAAACAUUCACCUCCCUUCUCACUCGUUAACUCUUUUCUCUGAAGCCACACAUAAGGUUAUUUUCAAUGGAUUGCAACAAAGAUGAGGCUAUCAGGGCCAAGGAAAUUGCUGAGAAGAAGAUGCAGAGCAAUGACUUCGAAGGCGCCCGUAAGAUUGCUUUGAAGGGAAAAAACCUCUACCGGAAACUCGAAUAUAUUACGCAGAUGCUGAGCAUCUGUGAUGUGCACUGCUCAGCUCAGAAAAUUAUUCUAGGAUCCGAAAAGGACUGGUACGGAAUCCUUCAAGUUGAAAAGUCGGAUGACGAGGCUGCGAUCAAGAAACAAUAUCGCCGGCUAGCACUUAUUCUGCAUCCAGAUAAGAAUCAAUUCCCUGGUGCUGAGGGGGCUUUUAAGUUGAUUUGUGAAGCAAAUGCAUUGCUUUCAGAUCCAGCAAAGAAAUAUGCAUACGACAGUAAGAUAAAUGCCUGGUCCGGAUCUACUACAAACCCUCCGAAUCAUCAGACUAACAGAAGCUUUCAGGAAAAUAAUCAAUAUGGUGCUCAAAACAGAAAUGCAUCUGAUGGUUUCAGCAGCCUGAAUCGAGAUCAAAAUACGGACUCUACCUCGGUUUUCUGGACACAAUGCCCGUUCUGCAAAGUAAUCUACCAGUAUCUGAGACAAUAUAUCAACAGAUGUUUGCAGUGCAUCAAAUGCCAUAAGAGUUUUGAUGCAUAUGAAAUGACUGCUCCUUGUGUUUCCUCAACUAGUUCGGGGAACCAAGGCUCUCAGCAUGUGCCAUCAAAACCUGAUAUACACCAAGUUGAUAGUUCUCAAGUUGAUAGUUCUCAAGAGACUGAUCCGGAAAAUCAUGAAAAUGGUGUGCAAAAUAUCCAAGUGUCUUCAGUGUCUGGAUCACACGUUGAUAGUUUUCAAGAGACUAAUCCGGCAAAUCGUGAAAAUAGUUUGCAAAAUAUCUCUUCAGUGUCUGGAUCACAAGUUAAUAGUUCUCAAGAGACUAGUCAUGAAAAUCGGGAAAAUGGUGUGCAAAAUAUCAAAGCUGGAUCACAAGGGGAUGCCAGCAUGAAAAGUGUUCAACCAGAGGCAGGUGUCCGAAAAGGAGGUUGUUCCGAGAGUAUCAAGGUAGCUAGUAGUGCUGAAAAUUUGAAGACCGGGACGGAAGGCAAGAAGAGGGUGAGGAAGUUAGUGAUACAAUACAGUGAUGAUUCUGAUACUGAGCUAGAGCAUGUAUCGUACAAGAAAGCUGAUGAAGAUUAUCAUUCUAGACCUCUUAAGAGAGCUCAAACAAGCGAAGAGGCAGAUGUUGUGAAGCAUAAGGAUGGCAAUGAAAACAAAGAGACAGGAGCUGAUCACCCCAAAGAAGGUUUGAAGGAAAAGAAUAAGAGCUCUGACAAAGAAGAUGAGAUCAGAGGCGAAACUGGCAGUGGGUCUAGUGUAGUGGAAAUUGAAAGCUCUGACAUAGAUUUAUCUUCAAGUAAUGAUUCAGAUACAGGCUAUUUGGAGUGUCCUGAUCCAGAAUUUUACAAUUUUGAGAAGAUGCACGAUGAAAGCCUAUUUUGUGCGAAUCAGUUUUGGGCUUGUUAUGAUACGUUCGAUAGCAUGCCAAGAUUCUAUGCUAAGGUGAGGAAGGUACGCUCUUCUCCGUUUAAAUUGCAUAUUACAUGGCUGGAAGCUGUUCCUAUACAUGAUUCCUGUAAAAGAUGGGUAGAGAGGGAGUUACCUGUUGGUUGUGGAAGCUUUAAACUUGGUAAACCUGAUACUAUAUCAGAAUGCUUGUCACUUUCUCAUCAAGUGCAUUGUAUAAAAGGCAAAAAGAAAGGUUCUUUUUUCAUAUACCCGAGAGUAGGCGAGGUCUGGGCUCUUUUCAGAGACUGGGGCAUCAGUUGGAGUUCCAACCCAGAGAAUCAUAAGGAAUUCAGAUAUGAAAUUGUAGAGGUGCUCUCUGAUUUUGCUGAAGGUAUUGGCAUAAAAGUUGCUCAUUUGGAAAAGGUUAGUGGAUUUGUGAGCCUUUUCCAGAGAGCAGACCAAAGUGAGAGUAAUUCAUUUCUGAUAGGGCUGACAGAGCUGUACAAAUUCUCCCACUGUGUUCCCAGUUUCAAAUUGACUGGCACGGAACGAGAGGGAGUGCCGGUAGGUUCAUUUGAACUUGAUCCUGGCUCCUUACCUCUUAACCCCGAUGACUUGUAUUUUCCUAAGAGAGCCAAAAUCGAGCGUGGAUAUAAGAAUCCUAGCGUUGGGAACUCACUUCCCAAAUAUGCUAAGGAAAGGGGUAAAUCUUCUUCGACAGGGAGUUCUUGAGGUCCGAUAAGACUGGAUUUAGAAGGCACUAAUUGAGUUAAUCAUGCAUUCGUCUGAAGAACAUUUGUUUACAAGGCUGGUAAAGAUUUAUGGUUAACUGGAUGUGGAUUUUGUGUUUUUUCCUCGAUACAUAAAACAAACGCGACUUUUGCUAACAAAUGGUAGUACCCUCUUUGGCUGUUUAAGGACCAAUUUUCUUCUAUCUUGAUGUCUCGUCUGAAGUGUCUUGUACCGUCUGUACAGAAACUUCGAUUUGAACCAAUGAGACGGAGGGAGUAUUUAAACACACAAAUUAAAGUUUUUGUAUGGUCUGUACGGAAACUUCGAUUUGAAUUAAUGUUUCAUUUCUAUUUUA